UAUUUAUCUAAAUACAGAUUUGAAGAUAAUUUUGUUGAAUCAUUAAAAGAAUUACAUAAGACGUUCAAGCGUGAUAAGUAAUACAAAAAGUUUCAAUAUUCUGGAAAUUCCAGUUUUGCAUGUAAUUAUUCUGAUGAUGUAAUAAGAAAAUAUUUUUAUGUCUGUAUUUAGCUAAAUUUUUAGAUUCUUUGGCGAAAUCGUUCUUUCUAUAUUUAAUUGACUGAAAGAUAAACCAUCCAUUCUUUGUUCAACCUUAAAAUUUACUUUGCCCAAAUUCAUUGCUUUUUAGCGAUUCAUGACUUGAAGAUUACUUCGAAACUUCGAAAUUUUCAUUCAGAAGAAUCGUUUCCAUCCUUCUAUAUCAACGAUAUUGUGCACGAAGGAUCGAUAUACCAUUAAAGGAGAAGUGCCUCAUAAACGACUUCGCAGAAGACGAGAAGUCAUGUUGUCGGACAUCACCGAAGUGCCGUUCAUAAAACUCGACGACUCUGUGUUUGAAUUUGAGCUGGGUCCUCCUAGUGAGGAAUUAAAAGAGGUAGCCAGAAAGGAAUUGAGAGAAACUCCUGAGCUACAAAAACAAUCGAUGGCUCGCCUACAGGAAUUAUUAAAAGCCGAAAAGGAUCUGAAAUGUCCGUGGGACAACGAGGCCUGGUUGAUCAGAUUUCUGAGGCCGUGCAAGUACUAUCCCGAGUCGUCGCUCAAUCUCAUCAAGCACUAUUACAACUUCAAGGUGAAACAUUCGUCCGUGUAUAACGAUUUGAAGCCGAGCAGAGAAAAGAAUAUCUUCGAGCAGAACAUUCUGACCGUGCUACCCAAUCGCGAUCAGUUCGGCCGACGUAUGCUGAUAAUCGAGCUGGGCAAGAAAUGGAAGCACAACAAGUGCAGCCUUGACGAAGUCUACAAAGGAUGCGUCUUGUAUUUAGAGGCGGCUAUGUUGGAGCCGGCCACGCAGAUCGCCGGCGCAGUCAUUCUCUUUGACUUGGAUGGUUUCAGCCUUCAACAAGCCUGGCAGUUCACGCCGCCGUUUGCCAAAAGGAUAGUCGAUCUGCUUCAAGAGGCGAUGCCUGUGAGGAUAAAAAAUUUACACAUCGUGAACCAGCCGUAUAUAUUUGACAUGGUGUUUAAACUGUUUAAACCGUUUCUAAAUGAUAAGUUGAAGAAGAGGAUAAUCUUUCAUGGCAGCGAUCGUAAAUCAUUGCAUGAAUAUAUAUCGCCGAAAUGCCUACCGUCACAAUAUGGUGGUACGCUGGAAAAGAAAACGAUAGAUGGACUCCAAUGGUACUCAUUACUCGUACAAGUCGACAAAGAAUAUGAAGCUAUUUCUUCGUACGGAUAUAAAAAGAAAUAAUAUCUCAGUUGCUAACUACAUCGCAAUCAAAAAUAAAUCUGAUUAAAUCUGAAGACAAUUAUAAAGCGACAUUUUUUAGGAGAAGUGUUGGGUUUAGUAUCAAUUUUAUACAUAUACAUAAAAAUAUAUACGACGAUCGUAAAUCAUUUAAAUACUUCUCAAAAUGUCCAUGACGAAACUUUGCUCACUUUGUAAAUUUAUUUAUAGUAUAGUUAUAAUUGUAUAGGUUUUCAAUUUCUAUUUCUGUUCUCAAUAAUUUAGCAAAUAUAAAAUAAUACAACAUUUAUUUAAAAAACGACGUCACUAUUUUAAUGAUUACAUCGCAUCAUUUCUACACGGAGAAAAAUAAUUUGCCACAGCAAAUUUUAUGUUGUCCUAGCAAAUUUCAUUAGUUACUAUAUGGACAGCAAAACGAUUUGCUAAGAGUACUAAUUUUAAAUUCGUUUAGUUAUACUGACAAAAUAUAUUUUGCUGUAAAGAUCAACAUCGUGAAAAAUUAGUUAUAAUAACAAAUUUUUUUUGCACUACAAUAUGCCGUUGCAACAAUGGUUUUGCUAGCACAGCAAAACUAUUUUUUUCCGUGUAUACUCUCUUUAACCCUUUAAGGGACACAUUUUUUCUAACAAUUAUGUCGGAUAGAUCUUGUCGCAUCUGUAUGUUUUACAUCAUGCUAAAACUGAAUCCGAGGUCGAAAUUUAAAAAUUCCAAAUGGCGGAUCUAAUAUGGCGGAAACAUAAAAAUUCAAAAUUCGA